AGGGCUUCCCGUACUUGACGUCACAGUCAUCGGUCAUUUGUAAAGUUUUGGCGGGGUUUGCGAAUGUAACUUCACGAUCGGCUCAUUUUGUAAACAUUAACAAUCUCAGACCCACGGAAAAUGGAGCGUGGAAGGAUGAGCCGAGCUACAGCCAGCAGACAGUCGGAGCUGCCGAUGAGGGUUCAGGACAGCAACAGGAUGAGCAUGAUGUACACAACCCCUCAGAGUAAACAGCCUUCUUUUGGAAAGCUCAGCAUAUCCAAACCAGCUUCUGUAACCUCAGAGAGGCGGACCAGCUUCUUUGGUGCCAGUGGGGCCAGCAUGCCUCGUAACAGCCUCAUGUCGGGGUUCGGAGGGACUGAAAAGAUCAAAGAUGCCAGACCUCUUCAUGAUAAAUCGUAUGUUCAGCAGUGCAUCAGGCAGCUUCACGAGUUCCUAACAGAGCAGGGAUACCCAGGUACUCUGUCAGGCAAAACCCUCCAGUCACCGUCCACCAAGGAGUUUGUGAAGAUGUUUGAGUUUAUUUAUCGUCAGCUUGACCCAACAUUUGAAAUGAUCAAUUCCAAAGUGGAGGAAGAGGUUCCUGCUAUCCUGAGAGCCUUGAGGUAUCCAUUUGUUCUGUCCAAGUCUUCAAUGUAUUCCGUUGGUGCUCCCCAUACCUGGCCUCAGGCACUGGGUGCUCUCAUGUGGCUCAUAGAUAACGUCAAGAUAAACUGGAGUUUGAGUAAGCAGGAGCUGCUUUUCAGUGACUUUGGUGAAGAUAACAUCGAAGAGGGGGCUGAGUAUAACAAGCUCUUCCUGGACUACACAGCUGAAACAUACUCAAAGUUCAUGCAGGGGGAUGACACAUUUGAAGAUGAAGAUGAAGCAUUCCUCAACAAAUUAAAGAAGCUUUACAAUGUUGAUGAGGCCGUGCUGGCCUCCAUGGAGGAGAAACACAGAAUACUCACUGAGGAGGUUGAACGGCUGGAAAAGGAGAGUCAAACUGACCGUCUGAUGACCAAGAGGAUGGAAAGGGUUAAGCUUCAGGCAGACCUCAAGAAGCUCCAGAGCUAUCGAAGCAGCUUGGAGUCUUUCAAAGCAAACCUGGAGAACAAAGCUUCAGAACUGACUGAUGAACUGGAGACCACCGCCAGUCAUCUGGAAUCUCUGAAGCAUGAGAGGAACGAGCUGCAGCAGCGCCUGCAGAACCAGAAGUUUACUCCAGCAGACGUGGACAGAAUCAACAGAGAGAAGAGGGAACUGCAGCAGACCAUCAGCAGCCUCAGCAAGGCCCUCGAGGAUGCUGAACAACACAAGUGGAAUGAGGAGAUCACUCUGGCAAAAGUCAAAGAAAAGGUGGAUUUGAAGUUGGGCGAGUACCACAAGCUGGCCAGGAAACUGAAGCUAAUACCUCAGACUGCGGAGAACGCCUGUGGUCACGAUUUUGAGAUGAGGCCAUUUGAAUCUGGACUCAACAGCGUGAUUCAGCACAAAACACAGAUCCAGAUGCUUCUCAGAAAGCUGAUUUGUGAUGUUGAAGAAGAAAACAGCCGGUUAGCGAACUUGAAACUCAAUCUGGACGAGUCUUUCGAACAGGUGAAUUCCAACAUCAUAGACAAGUCCAACGAUCUGAAGCAGCUGAGGGAGCAGAUCCGCAAGCUGGACGAGUGGCUGGAUUCUAACAUGCAGGAGCUGGCCCGAGAGGAGCAGGACUGGGCAGCAGAGAUGGAGUCAGUGGAAAACCAUCGCAAACUUCUCGAGAAGAAGGUUAAUUUUGGUUACGAUGAUGCCGUGCAGCAGCUGAAGGCAGCACAACAACAGUACCACCUGGUGAAGCAGGAGACAGACGAAGAGAGCCGAACUGUCGCCAACAACCUGGCGUCUGUAUUCACUACAGCUGCCAACCACUUGUCAAUUACCGAGAAGUGUCUGGAGGACCUGCACAGCAGAGUGCAGCGCAUCUGCUCUAAGGCUGUAGAGGAGGACGAGGCGGCCGUGAAGAGGAUGCAGGACACUUUAAAGAGCUUCAUGUCAAAGGCGAACAGCUUAUAAAAAGUUGGAGGUUUGUCAGGCUGCAGCUGGUGCCGAUUUCAAGGACAGUGGAAGCAUGUAGAUGUUCCCUUUCCCUACUUUGACUUUUGUAUUUUUUUUUAAAUAUUGUGCAGGGAUGGGAGAAAAGCAUAUUAUUAUAACCGUAGAUUGUUGAUGUUCACAUUCACAAUAAAGCUCAAUUCAUAACCCA